UCCGCUGCCCCCUUUUGUGAUUGAGUACUUGAGGAUGGUAGAUCUCCCUCCGGCGCUGUUGACGCCGAAUAGUUUCUCACUGAUCGUUGGGUUCCUCAUCCGAUGCGACGAGCUGGGUUUUGAGCCCACGACGGCCCUUUUUACAAAUUUGUUCCGCAUCGGCCGAGGGAGCCACAAGAAUUGUGCUGGUUAUGCUACGCUUCAGCAACUCCCGGAGAAGAAAUCUUUCAAAGACCUCCUUUCGUCUAUCCAUGGGUGGAAGGCGAAGUUUGUAUUCGUGAAGUUGGCCGAUGGGGUUUUCUUUCCUUCGCAAGGGCAUAAUGGUAAUUUUAGCCUGCAUAAUCCGCCGCGAAGCGCUGAGCUUGAUGCCCAAGUUGAGGCAUUCCUAAAAGGUGGGCCGAGGAGUGUGAACACGUACAUCACUGAGUUCAAGAUUGCGGCUCUCGGGAUGAUGCGGUAUUACAUUCCUGGCGACCCGGAUUGUGGAUUGUGGCCGAGGAUCUCUGGCUCUUUUGAACAGGCCGAUGGGCCACUUCUUGGGAUUCCGGCCGAGGCCGAAGGUUACGAGAUGAGUCGCAAAAUGUUCAUGGCCCAGGCCAAGAAGCAGGUUGCAAAGGAGCUGGAGGCUGCCCAGCGAGCCGACGCGUCCAAGGGGUCCGGUGAUGGCUCUAAGUCUCAGGCCGAUGCGGUGAAGAAGGCUGUUGCGACCAAGAAGAAAAGGUCCGCCGAGGGGCAACAGACCUUGACGGAGGCGGGGUUGGUGCCGGCUCAAGGUGCUAAGAAGACGAAGCCGAGCCCUCCCCUUAAAGAUGCUGUUAUGGCCGAUGCGCAGGCAUCGGUUCAAGGGGGAGCUGUCUCUGAUGUGCAGAUCGUUGAAGAUCUGACCUUGGAUGUCGCCUCGUCCGCCCUUGUUCCCACCAAAUCAGCUGCUGCUAUAAAAAAGAGUGCCCGCGCCGAUCGAGACUUGACCUCCGGCCUCUACGAGGUGACGGUGCGGUAUCCGCCGAAGGGCGGCUUGUUCAACGAGAAGGUUUCUGGGCACGACGUCCUUUUCCAGGCCAUUCCCGAUGCCGAUAGGGAGUACCUACGUCGGCAGAGCAAGGAUGUGCGUCUCUUCGAUGGAGGACUGGACUACGUCGUCCAGGGAGCCUUUAUGCUGAUGGAGCAGCAGCGGCGGCAGGACGAGGAGCUUGCUCGCCUUCGGGAGGCUGAGAAGAAAGCCGCCUCUGCAGACGAGGCGCUCUCCCAGUUGGAGCGGCUUCGGUCUGAAACUGGCUCCUUGAAGGAGAGAGCUGAUGCGGCCGAGAAGAGGGCCAUUGUUGCUGAGGACGAGGCGAAGCGCCUCAAAAUUCAGCUUGAUGAAGAAGCGGCCGCCCGUCGGCUGGCGGAGGAAAGGGCCGUGAAGGUAGAAGCUGAUGCGGCUGCGGCUGCUGACAGAGCCGUGGAGCUCUUCAUGGCCGAAGGGUGGAAGGACGAGACCCGGCGCGACUGGAGUUUUAAGGUCGUGGCGGAGCGCUUCGAAGCGUGGUCUCAGGAGGAAGCUGGCCGAGCCCGCCUGAAAGAGGAGUUUGAAGUCUGGUACGACCUCGGCCAGAGGCGCAUGCAAAUGUUGGUCUACCGCCGUCUCCGCCGGCGUGUGAAAAACUUGAAGCCUAGGGGUAUCGGCCUUCCCCGGAUGAUGAAGGACCCCGAGGAGGAGUUGAAGCUUCCUCAGUCCGAAAGGCAGCCCCCCAUCCUGAGCUCGGAUGAAGAGGACGAGCCCUGGACCGAGAGUGAUGACUACCUUUUUCGGAGCUCGGCCAAGUCCAAGAAUACCGAGGAUGAGCAGGACGAUGCGGACAGCGGAGCCGUUGAGGGUGGCCAAGGACAAGCUGUUUAGUGUUUCCUUGUACUUAGUUUUCUUUUUUCAUUUGUAAUAGCAGUCUUAAUGGCCGAAGCGCCCUGAUGAUUGUAACGGCUGAAGCGCCCUCCUUGUAUGUUUUGAAUCAUCAAUUAAGAUCUCUUUUUGUCCAACUAUAGAUGUUUGUUCCUCGCUUCGUUUUCUCUUUUAUGUUUGGUGUUUGGUUUGGUGGUGUCGCGUCGUCUGAGCGACAUUGCUUCGCAAGUUUUUACUUUGGCGAAUUUGCCAAGUCUGGGACGAUGCGUUCCAUCGUUUCCUUUGUGUUGAUGUGGGGGCACCCUCACCUUACUGGUAUGUAUAUGAGGACGUAGCGCGCGUUCCCUGCCUCUGAUGUUAGGGGCGGUGCGUCCCUUCGUCGGAACUGUUGUGUUUAGAACAUGUGUUUCAAAAAUUUACCAAGUGUUGAAACUUUUUCUUGGCGCGGCGCCACGUCUCUUGCGUCUUAGGUAAGGUAAGGCCCCAAAGUUCUGAAAUCUUUCUAAGUGCCAAGAGUUUAUCUUGUGACAUCCGUCCACUAAGACGUAGCGGUCCUCUUUCCAUUUGUUAUCACCGGGGACGCUGUACCUCGU